CACUGCUCCACCGCCGCAACCCUCGAAGCUGCUCUCCGUGCAGCCCAGGUCUCUCUGUCGGAAAGGCCAUGGCCACCCCACAGCCAGACCUUCUGUCCGUAUACCCCACGCGCCUUCCAUCCAGCAGCAACACCAUGCCUUCUCCCAUCACAAUUGAGGAUGACGAAGACGAGUUUGCCGGAAUCGAGAGCAUGACUGCAAGCCAAUGGGUGCGCGAUCCCCUCAUCCAGCGCAGAGUCGCUUCUAGGAGCGAGAGUCUGUCAAGAGAAAGGAGCAUGUCUCUCGAGUCCCCAAAGCACCGCGACUGUACUCUAGCCGACCUUUUCCCAUCCUCUCCCGUUUCCGCCGUGCCAUCCACCAUACCCAUAGGCUGUGCGUCUUCACCCGUGGUCCCCAGUAAGCGUGGGCACGCCACCGAUAUCCUAGACUCUGGAUAUGACUACUUUGAGGCCGCCCCAAAAGCGAGCAAGUCGAAGCAAGAAAAGCGCACAACAGUCGGACGUACGAGCUCUGUGAGCAAGUCAUUGUCCAGUCGAGCGAGCACAGGCAAGGAGAAGGUUGAAGGCCAGGUGCAUAUGGAGGAUGAACCCAACGCAGACGAGGAUUGGUGUGGUGCUCUAGAAGGUGACGAUAUCGAGCCUCUCGACCACCCUCCAGCUCGGCCGCCCCUCCGUGUGCCAUCGGUCCUUCGCGCGAUAGAGGGUCACAUCCCCCCGCCCAAACCUCCUCCAACAGCCUCGAAGCUGGAUCACCCCAUAGCUCUCAUCUCAGACUUAGACGCCAAGGCACAAGAUUUUUACCGGCACCAUUACAGACGGGGCGCCGACAAGGCCAAAGAUAGAGACAAUGGUGAAGGCGCGGGGAGAGUACCGGUGAAGACAAAAUCGACACCCAAGAGAUUCAGAAAGUAUAGCAGGAAAUCGUUCAGAACAGGCUAUUCUGGAGGGAGAUAUAAGAGAAAGUAGAUGUAAUCCUUGUUGUAUAUAUGUCGCGUCAUGCGAUCCAGACACGUAUGGUAAUUGGUGCCCGUAUUCUAGCCAAUCAUAGCAUGACGAU